UGGAGUACCAAAGCUAGGCUAUCUCCGAGUGGCAGGCCCUUGAGGAUCGGUGUCGAAAGUUGUCUGAAGAGGUAGCCGAGCUUGAAAGGAAAUUAAAAUGCUCUAAGACGGAGAGGAACAGAUUCUGGGCUCAAUAGGUUGAUGAUGCCUCAGAAUUGAAGGAGGCUAAAAUGCAGUUUAAGGAAAAAUGUUUGCUUAUCUAAUGUCCCGUUAGAAGAUCCUUUAUGCGAUCCGUUCCGAGGGUUUAUCCAUUGAUGAAGAGGUUGCCAAGGUAUAUUCACUUGUAGAUAGAGUGAAUCCUUCAAGCUCCUCUACCUACAAUGAUUUCGAAGAAUCCGAGCAUCCUUUACCUCCUGCUCCUACAGUUGCUCCUUCUUCAUCUCUCCCUUAUUCCUCCCAAGUAUCUCUACUGGGAACAAAAGGCUUAUGAGGGUCUCUAUGAAAGUUUUUGUAUUGUGGGUCUUUUGUGCCUUUAUAAUUAAUAGCAAGUUUAUUUAUGCUUUUUUGUUUUUGUUUUUUCUUUUUUGCAUAUUUGCAUGUUAUGAUUGUUGCAGUCUUAUAGGCUAAGCCAAGAUGAAUUCACCGUAUAUUUAUAAAAAUCGAUUAAGGUUUCCUCAUAAGACUUUUUAUAUUUUUUAUUGCCUGUGAAGAAUCUCUUCUGCUAUUCGGGGAGCGAGAUUAGAAAUAUUUCUUCAUUCGGGUUGUCUAGCCGGGCGAGUGAUAUUGUGGCAUGGCCUUGUGGCUAAUUAUAUGAAAGAUUUUUCGUUUAUUAUUUUGUGAAAAUUUAACUUGGGCAAAGUCCCCAUGCCUAGGCUUCUUUCAAGAGGGCCUGCUUUUGGGGUGAGCCCAAGUGAUUGUUGUUAUGGGUGUUGCAAUCUUUCGAACAGUCCCUAGCCAUAGGUACUAGGUGUAGAUUUUCAGCAAAAGAGUUUGUUCCCAAAGUUAUGUCCGUCAAGAUUUAACCAUCAAUCGAGCCGAUUAUACAAAUACCAUAGAUUCAGCCACUAAUUAAGCCUAUUUUACAGAUAUUAUAGUCCCCUCUUUCCUAUUUUUCAUAACCUCGUAGGAAGUACUCGGGAAAUGGAAAUCUUCCAAUGGAACAAAUCUUGACAAAUUUCUUAGUGGGAAAUAUUGAUCUUUUGUAUCCCCAAGAUAACAUGAUUUGACUUGUUAUUGACAAGAGGCGUGUGCAGUAUCUUAUUAAUACUCUCGAUACAUGGUCGAAUAUUACAGGAUCUGCUAUCGAUAGUAGUUUCCUAGGCGUUGAUGGUUAUUCUUGGUGAUUGAUGGAAGCUCGAUUCUCUAGAAAUUUGGGGCUUUAUGUUUUGCCCAUAAAUAUACACAAUUGAUACCAUAGCUUCUAUCAUCUUUCUUCCUUCAAUUGCAUCCUUGACUAUUCCUUCUUUGUGUUAUCCUUCUUGCACAUAACAUCAUGGACAAGCAAGAUACUCAUCAAGUAGUUGUUGCUGCCAUAGAGUCUCUAUCCACUUUGGCAACGGGGCCCUCCGAUAAUGCGGUUGAGUAUGCCCAAGGUAAAAUGAAGAAAGCAGCCAAGGCUUCUUCUAGUUAAAGGAUGAAGACGGAAGUCGAGCCUACUAUUUCUGAAGUUUUGCAAGGGAAAAGUGAUACCUGGACUGAUGACGAUGUUUGGAACAACACUACAUGUCCUGUGGAUAUUCUACUUUCCCUUGUGUAACUUGAACACCUUCCUCUAUUGAUUGAAGGAUGUAGUUGGGAGAACGUAGAUGUUCAAGUACCCUCAAAAUCUGAGCAGAUAUCAAGCUACAGAGAGGGCUUUAUUUUCUUAUAUACUUAUCGCUUUACUUUAAUUUCAACCCUAGUAGAUUUCAUAAUUUAAGAUCUCUGUUGGCACUUCAACAUUAGCCUGGCCUAGGUUGGUCCGUCAAUUUGGAUGUUGGUGACUUGCUUUCAUCACCUAUUGAAUCUAGCUGGCAUCAACUUUUCUCUCCAACUUCUCAUUCAUCUAUACUCCACAAAGUUGUAGCGGGGCAGCAUUAUCAUUCUCUCCAAUCGAAGUACUCGAAAGAUCGUGGAUGCCGAGGACAAUCACGAUAGAGGGUGGCAUGAUUGCUUCAUGGUUGUUACUACCCAUGAUUUUACCUAGUUAUCCAGGAGAUCAGUCUAGGAAAAUUUGAAUGAUAAGUGUAAGAAUAUUAUUCUUCUUUUGGAAUUUCCUUUUUGCGCUUUAUCUUACUUUACGCCUAAAUUCUAACCAUUCUUACCUCACUCGAAGAGGCACCUAACAUUGAAGAGUGGGUCGAGAAGAACUUAUUUUAUUCCUCGAUGCCAUAGAGGAUUUGGAGUCACAUCUCUGAAGCUUUCUGAUGGAGGGACAAGAGUCACUGUAUGUUUGGAAUUUUCGUAGAUCCUUAUUUGUGCUACUUGUAAUCUAAUUUAUUUUAUGUGUAGGCAUCCCGAUGAGAAGGCCUCUAUGCCGAGUUUUGGUGGAUCUUCCUCCUAGUAAUGUCCAAGAAAGGAUUCAAGAGCUUUCGGUAGAUAGGCACAACAAGAAUAUUUCCCAGGCAAAUGCUCCGGCGAGUGCUCCUAUCAGAUUUCUCCGAAGGCGGACUUGGUCCAGCUUUAGGAAAAAGCCUUCCCAAUCCCGGGCUACCAGCUCCAUCCUCAUCAAUAUUGAGAAGGCAGAGUCCACUAUGGGUUUGGAGAACGAUUUCCUUAACACAAAGGUUUCCCCAGAAAUUUCUUGUGGCCUCGACAUAUUCUUCUCCGAUUGUGACACCAGUAGUUUCAACUCUGACCAUAGCUCCGGCAGCUCCAACUACUUCCCAUGUCGUUCAUUCUACGAACGCUAGCAAGCUUCGCAUUAUGGCGCAGGUUUCUGAGGGAAUAGAUUUGCAGGAGCUGGAGGGGAUGCCUACCUCAAAUCUUGCCCGUUUGAUAUAUUCCCAAAUUUCGGAGAGGAUCAGUCAUUAUGAGGGGUAAAUUUUGGAGUUGAGUGGUCCCAUAGAGGAUGGAAAGAUCGAGGUUGAGAAAGUACAUUUUAAGAGGGUGGCUCAUGAGUAUCGGGUCAAGAUGAUGGAGGGGGAGCUGGAUCGGAUGGGGUUUAAGCUUGGCCAGUCCACAAAGAGGCUUUUUCAAAUUAAGGAAUACUUAGUAAAAAGCUAGCCCUCUUGGACCAAGUUGUCGGGCAACGUGACAUCCGAGAAGCUCGCCUUUAUAAUGUGGAGUAAAUAUGAAGGGCCCUCGAGACACAGAGCUUUGAAGACCGAGGAGAGGCUCAAGCACGAAAAUGAUAAUGAUGUCUCCAGCUUGACUUUGAAAUUUAUUCUGAUAUUACUCAACAUUCCAUAUUUUUGGAAUCCCAACUCAAGAUGCUGAGGUGGGUUCUUGAUAAUGAUCUAGAACUAGGUGAAGAGAUAGGAGAGGCCAAACGAGCAUAGAAAGAUGGCCAACUGGAGCUGGACUUGGACGGCAUUAACAAUCACUCUUCUGGGAUAAUUUGGAUACAGUCAUGCCAUCGGGUAAUCGGGGUGAAGGAGUUAUUGAUGUACAUUCUCUCCCUUCGACUUCUCAGGCCAUUCCUCCUUUAGAACUCCUCUAAUUUCUCCCAUUUUCCCUUGAACCCAUCAAUUUUCUCCUAUCCGCCGGAUGCUUAGGCUAGCACGCCGGACUCUCCUUCCUCCAAUGCUCACUGAGGAAUUCCUAUAAUGACCAGUGACUAGUUUGAUAGUGCUUCCUUCUUUUUGGGUUUUCAAAAGUUUGUUGUCGUAUAUUUUUGGAAAUCCCGUGAGUAUUUUGAGAUACUUAUCUAUUUGUCAAAAGACCUAAUUGGAUGAUUCUACUUGUCUGUGUA